AUGGGUAAUUCUCAACCAACAUUAUUAGAUAUAUGCUCAUUUUUCCACCCAAGGUUUGAACGAGAAAUGGGCAUAUCCAAUAGAAUAAAAGAACUUUUAAAAGAAAUAAUCAACAAUGAUAUUGACAACGAAGCCCCUACUCAAGACACAGAAGAAAAUCGUACAGCUUUUGAUUUUAUAUUUCCAUCAGACAAUCAAAUAGUAAAUAAAUCUUGUGAAGUAACAAUUUAUGACGAGGAACCCCAGAUAGAUAAAAAUAAUGAUCCCAGUUUGGGGUGGCAAAAAAAUGAAAUACGGUUCCCAAAAUUAGCUAAAAUAGCAAAAAAAAUAUUUAAGUGUUCCCGGAACUUCAACUGCUGCUGA